AUCUCAUUAGAAUAAAACUAGUCCAGAAAAAGCCAGAAGGGCGAGCUUGAAAUGUGAUUAAUGAACAUCGGCAAAGAAGAAAUAACAGAAGCAUCUUCCGUCCUGCGUCUGUGGCCUUGAUUCUAUUAUUUGGAGGUUUAGUUGGCCUCGUUUUAUUGCAACAUGCCUUAAUCCUGUGCUGCGAUGUGCAGACAUGUUCGUCCUCUGCAGGUGCGUGAGCGCUGCAGAUCUGAGAGAAGCCAUGGACCCGGACGUCACGCGCAGACACCCCUGCUCCCCUCCUCCACCCGAGGAUGGUGGUGAUGAUGAGGAGGACGAUGGGCGCGUGGGAUCAGGGGAGUUUGGGGGGGGUUCUGCUGCGUCCUGCUCGCCGCUCAGCGCCGCUGCUUCCACUGAGCCUGUAACGACGCCAGCUCCUCCUCCACCCUCCUCCAGCUCCAACCUCCCAGCUGAACAAUGCCAGCCUGCAUCCAGUGGGAACUCUGGGUCCGACAGGGAGCGGGCAGACGUCAAAGGGCAGGGUUAUGUGGCAUCUUUGCGUCUGGAAAAUGGAUUUUCAACAAAAGAGUACGACUCUGGCAACAGACGUGGUUCUUGUCCAGAAGGUGCUUUCUCUCCGGAGGAGGAAACCGGCUUUGCCGACUUCACUGUGUUUACUGAUCAGGCAGCACACCCCUGGUGCUGUGGCUUCUCUCCCAUAAGCAGCACAGAGCAGUUGGGUGAAAGGGUGGAGGGCUUGACCCUGUCUGAGAAAGUGUGCGAUCCAGGACAGGAGGCCAUUUUGGACUCUGAGCCCAGGUCUCAUUGUGCACGUGAGCGAAAAGCAGAUGUUUACACUAAGUUCAGGCACUGUGAAAAAGGAGGUCCAGCCUCUGGUGAACCAUCUCAGGACCACCACCAGCCUCAGGGAGCUGCAGCAGCUUUUGACUUUCAUCCUGCCGAGUCUCAUCUUUGGGAGGAGGAUGAAGGCAAGCCAGUGGACCGUUGGCAGGAAGGGGGACAUUGUCUGGAUGAGGCAGAGGAUGCUGGAGAUGGGAUCUUUUCUAAUGUUCCACACGCAUUUAGCAUGUAUAACAAUGCUUCAGAGGACCUCGGAUCCUUCGGGGAUGAUUUCUCAUUUGAGGGUGUUUCUGCAGACUUGGAACCAAAUGUUUCAUCUCUUGCUUCUAACGAGGAUCAGACUGAUUGGGACAAGACUGAUGAUGAAGAUGAAGAACUGGGAGAUUGCAAACUCUCUGACUCAGUAAACAGCAGCAUGGGAGAUCUCAGGCAGUCUGAGGCAGGGAAUGCUUUAAAUCUUUGCAAACAAUCAGCAACUCAGGAAACACCUGCUGCCUCCAGUCUUUGUGGACCUCAGCUAAAUUCUGUGGCAAAAACAGCGGGACAGUUUUCAGCUUUCAAUCACAGUAGUUCCGAGGGCCAGCGGGACCCAGCACAUGCGGAUGCAAGGGUGGAAAACCUAGGAAGCCUCCCGCCGAGUGACAGCUUUGCAGAUUUCUGCUCAGCGCCCACACAAGAGGACGGAGAUGGGUCGUGGGUGGAGUUCAAGGAACAGAGGACUCAGGAGGAUUCAAAAUCCCGUACACAGCUCACAGAGAAAGUCAGCAGGCUGCGUGCGGAUGAGGAUGCUGAGCAGGAGCAGGAGCAGGAGCAGGCGGGGCAAUGCCGAUCUGUGAGGAGAAACAGCUGUCAGGCCUCACUGUUGUACCGGGUUCAGCAGCUCCUUCUGGACACUUUCCCAGAGACAGUGGGCACAGCUCCGGAUGAUGAGUUGCUGCUCAGCCUUGAUGCCCUGCUUCACACCCAGCACCUUCCUGAGAGGAGGGAGGAGGAGAAGGAAGUGAGCAGUGGUCAGUGGAAGCAGGGAGGCCUGUGGUGGCCACAGCAGGACAUCCACAGUGCAGUAGGCCUCCAGUUUCAGUGGAAAGGCUCCCAUACAAACAGAACUCUUCUGAGCUGCCUCGGUGUGGACACCAGGAACAUUGUGUUUGUUGGCCUGAAGAAGCAGCCCGUGACUGUGCCUGCUUUCGCAUCUGGCCUGCAGGGAUUGCUAGAGCCCACCAAAGACUUUGUGCCAGCUAUUCUUUCUUCACAAUAUCCAGCAGUCACAGCACAAACGCCUCCAAGGCCUCGGGCCACACCAGACCCCUCAACAGCUUCUGUGCAGGAGGCGCUCCCUUCGCGCCAGCUGGGCUGGAGCAGCCGUGGCCUUAGCAGCUCUCAGGACGGUACGUCCCCACGCCGAGCUCCUCACUUCUGGGGCCGGAAGUAGACUACCAGCCAUUUCCAGCAGACUCUUCUGAAAAGCCAAAACUCCUCUGGACUCUUUUUCCUUUCAGCUAAGCAUGCGUCCUUCCUUUACCCAUCCAUGCUGUUUCCUCUCUGCUCAUCGGCCACAAUGGUUCCACACAGCUACAGACAACCACUGUUCUGACUUCUGCUUCAUCUAUUUCAGUUACUUCAGUAUUUUCUCUGUAAUUUAUCUCAGUAUUUAUCAGGCCCAGGUGUAAUGAGGAAACAGGGGGAGGUGGUUGCUCAGCAUACAGAAAGUGCUUUGGCUGCUGAAAACAAUGCAGCUGUAGGGCUUCAUCCAAAUGACAUUUUAUUUUUAUGUUUAUUAUUUUAUUGUUUUAUUUAUUAAAUCUUAAAUAUUAUCACUUCUCUAUCAUUUGCCCAGGUCAUGGCUACGUUACGCACGACUACUAAAUCUGAUAGUUGUGAAAAACAGUUAUAAAAGUAAAGUGAUGGAAUCUUUUCAUUUGUGCCCUGAGUUCCACAUACUUGGUAGAGGGGAAAAACAUAAAAUUAAGUAAACCGCACCAAUACAAACUGUUAUUUUUUGUUUAUUUGUGAACUACCAGUCUAAUUAAUUUCAAAUUUAGUACAGAUAUACUCACCAUAAAAAAGUAACAGCUAAGUAGCUUUAACCAGCGUGACGGCAAGAAAGGUAGAAAAUCAUAAACCAAAAGAAAUCAAGACAUGUUAUUACGUGUGUAUUAUGUGUCAUUACACGGCGUGCACAGCAGGGGGCAGUGUGCUUUGAGCGCCGCAAUCAAACUCUUCGAACUCGUUAACUCAUUUAUAGUACUAGUAAUCUGCUAUUUUUUGUCUUUAAUUAAUUUUCAAAUCUUAAAUUCUUCAUGUGUGAGGCAUUAUUGUAAAAGGGUGAUUUCUCUGUGGAAACAGGAGAAACUGGUGACUCAGGCUGGUGGUGUUUUACUUCCUGAGCACCAUAUGUCUGAUUAUGAGCAUGCUGACUAAGAAAAGUGUUUAAAAAGUGUUGUCAUGUAGAAACAUAACACCUGAAAUCCACAUUGUUGUUUAGUUACCAAUCAGAAACGUCUCUCAAGCGCUUGUGCACCACGUUGUGUUAGUUUAUAGCUGCAUUUAUCCUCAUGAGCUGUGCCUUUAUGCUACCAAUAGUUUUUUAGGACUUUUUUUUCAAUGGUAGAUAAUUUGCUGACAGAUGUUUUCUUAUUUAUCCAGGUUUCUCUUUUAAAUACAAAUUUAAUUCGCUGCAAUAAGGAUGUGUGGGCAGUGCUUUUAAAUGCUGAAAUAAAUCAGUGGAUCCUUUUGUGCUUCA